UUUUUGGAUUUCUGACAGUGAAACCCUAAUUCUCUCCGUCUCUGUCGCAAUUCUAUUGAUUUUUCAUUCUUUGGCAAUGCCGGAUUCUCCGAGAAUGAGAGAUUCACAAUCUCCUUCACCCCUGAGAGAACUGUCCAGGUCUUGGUCCAGAUCAAGAUCAAGAUCUGGGUCCAGACCUAGGUCGAGUUCUGUCCCAAGGCAUAGAUCAAGAUCAAGAAGCCGCGGAAGGUCGAGGUCGAGGGAGAGGGGCCAUCGAAGGACUGAAACUGCAAACCCUGGGAAUACUCUUUACGUGACGGGCUUAUCUACAAGGGUCACAGAGAGGGAGAUUGAAACCCAUUUCUCCAAGGAGGGGAAGGUUGCCUCCUGCUUUCUUGUGGUGGAGCCCCGGACUCGUGCUUCUCGUGGUUUUGCCUUUGUUACAAUGGAUAGCUACGAAGAUGCUGACCGCUGCAUUAAGUACCUGAACCAGUCUGUUCUGGAGGGCCGUUACAUUACUGUUGAAAGGUCAAGGAGGAAGCGUCCAAGAACUCCCACUCCAGGGCACUAUCUUGGUCUGAAAAACGACAGGGAUCAUGGGGGUCGUGACCGAGACCGUGGUAGUCACUAUGGGCGUGAUGAUUAUGGAGACCGUAGGUCAGCAAGACGACCACCUUUGAGAGGAAGGCGUGACUAUUCUCCGCCACCUCGCAGGGAAAGGUCGAGGAGAGAUAGGUCUUACUCUCCUUAUGGGAGUCCAGAAAGGAGGAGACACCACCGUGGCUCAAGGUGAGAUGUUCGCAAAAAGUAUGCUAUAAUAGGCCUGUUCUUUUUGGAGACGCCGCGGCCGCGUCAGCGUUUCAAAAAUAUAAAGCAAAUAACUAUCAUCGUUGUCGCUGGGUUUUGUAAAAACAAUCACAUCCUCCAUUUUUCAAGUCGCUGCGUCAACUUCAACCCAGCAAAUACGACGCUCGAAAUUUCAGCGGCAGCGGCGAUUCCGUUUUCAUGUCUUUGAUUGUCCGUUGCGGCUGUUUUUAAUCAGAACAUCAAAGAAUUUUCUUCUGCCCUAGCUUUAUUUUCUGCCGCUGCCGCUAGUCGUGGCGUUCAUAAAAUGAACAUGCUAAAUGUAACUAAACAUUUUCUUAGGAUUUGGCUGAAAAUGAAGGUUCUUACUCUCUCGGACGUUUUGUUUCUAUGUCUGCUUGUGUUGUGUGUUUGGAUUGUUUGUUCUUUAAUCGUUUUCUUGGAUCAAACGAGUGGUUCAGAUUCUUUUUUCUC